UUGCUAAAAUUUCCGCUAGAGGCUACUUCGAAACGUCAUGCAAAAACGUUGACUUUGAAUUCAACAAAGCAGCAUUAUUUACUGAAGGAAAAUUACCAACAUGAAUUUUAACACAGACAGGAGUACUGAGGUUCAGACACCAGAAUAUUGCUGUAACACCUAUCAUUAUUUUAUGAGUAAUCGGUCGGAAAUAACAGCGUUGGAAAUUGUUCCCAGAGUAAUCAUCUGGAAAGGCAAUAAAAGGAGAACUCUUGCCUACCAACAAGUUAUUAAAAUAAGAAAUCAAUCUGAUUUCCCACGUCAUUUGAAUUUUCACACAGACACUCCUGACGAAAUUGAUAUUUUGAUUCCAAGACGUCUCAUAUAUGACUAUGUUACACCUGACGAAACUAUAGAGAUUUCAGUCGCUUUGGUUCCUAAAAAUAGGAAUCGAUUAAAUAUUGAAAGAAAUGUUUUUGUACAAAGCGAACAUCCCAAUAUUACUUUUCAAAUUCCAAUAAUCUUUUUGGUGGAGGAUCUAAAACCUGUUAUACCCACAUUUAUUAAAUUCAUGAGUACUCCACCAAGCUACAAGUGUUUCUACGAAUUUAUAAUUUAUAAUACGAAAGAUGAAAAAACCUAUAUUAAAUUAAGAACUUACAAUGAGGCCCUUAGAGCUCCAUCUAAAGUUGUUAUUGAAAAAAAUAAUUUCAUUAAAAUUUUAUUAUGUCUCUCGGUGCAAGAAGUAAGUCCAUUAAGCGAUCAAAUGAAAAUAAAAGUAAAUAAUGAAGCGUUUAUACCAAUAGAUUAUGUGCACGAACCAAUUGCUGGCUCUCUUUACUUUGCUGACAGUCAUAUUGAAUUUGGCAGCUUAAAUUAUGGAUUAAAUCUCACCAAAACUCUCAAAAUUUGCUGUGAGAGUGACAAUCGACUACAUUUUGAGAUUAAAUUUUUAACCACAAUGGAAGAACUGAAUAUUAUAGAAAACUUUAAUGAGCCUGACCCAUUCACUGGAGUUAGUUUUGGAGAUAACAUAGAUAGCAGUAGUGAUAUAAAUUCAGAUAUUUCUAAUGCCAAAGCAGAGAUCGAAGCUUUGCAGCAAAAAUAUGUACCCGUCGCUCACAAUCAUUUUACUUUGCAAAAUUAUCAAGGAUCUUUUGCCCCUAAAACUUUAAAUAAAUUGAGCAUAACAUUUGCACCGAAUGUAAAUGAAAAGUUCGAUUUCGAUGACUUUUUAGAACCGCCGUUUGUAGUCAAAACCUAUCUACUGAUAACUAUAACGCUGGGAAGUAGUUUUAGCAAUACAAAAAGUAUUUUAAUGACCGGCUAUAUACAAGGACCAGAUGCUGAAUUAGAAACAGAUAUAAUAAAUUUCGGUGAAAUUUAUAUUGGUGAAGAACAUUUUAGUGAUAUCCGGUUUGUUAAUAAAGAAGCACGUAUACGCACCAAAAUCGUUUAUAAAGGAACUGAGGAAUUGACGAAAUGCACCGCUCUGCUAAAACCGAGUGAAGGCCUAACAUUAAACCGAUUACGGUGUGGAUUUUUUUGUUUAACAUUUUUCACGCAAAUGAUUGGAAAAUUUGCAGAAAUUUUAAAAUUUAAGGUUAAAAACGGCAGAUUUAUAUCGUGCUUAGUGAGAGGUGUUUCAAACCAAGUAAAAGUGUUAACUACUCCUGAAAAACCAGAUUUAGGUGAAAUCCCUUUUGCGGUACCCCAAAUAAUUGAAAUAUUUGUUAAAAAUCCACUUCAGACGCCAAUCGUUUUAAGAUGUGUACCACAACAAGAUGGGCUGGAGACUCCGUUAGUUUUAAAUGUGAUUGAUAAAAACUAUUUACCAAUAGAUGUAUUUGAUCCGAUAAAAAAGUUUUUUGAUGAGAAUGCCGAUCGAGAAGCACUUUUAGAGGAAGAAAAUUUAAUUCAAGAUAUAUUGAAUGCACAAAAUGCUACUAGUUUGGAGUCUGAGAGUGCUGAAAUUUUUGAAAUGCAAUCUGAACACAGUCCAGAAGAAAUUGUUCCAGAAGAGCAUGUUCUAGAAGAAUCUGAGUUAGAAGAAGAAGAAGAUGUUGUAAGUUCUGUUAAAAAAAAACCAGAAAGAAUAGAAUGCACCAACUGGUAUUGUCAAAAAUAUUAUGGUAUAGAUGAAGAUCGUUCAUAUAAUGAUACUUCUGCAUGCAAACCUGCUUCGGAGCCUGAAAAAUUUGACAUAAUAUUAUGUGGAGAAGGUGAUGCUCCUAAAGUUAUAUAUUAUAAGUCUCCUGAAGAAGACAAUGAAUUAAAUGAAAACGAAGCGAAAACGGAGGUUCUUGAACAAAUACCUCCAGACCCUCCGUAUGAAGAUACUGAAGAUGCGAAUGUAGUGAAUAUAACUAAUACAAACAGUGAAUUGGAAACAAUUAAAGAGUUGCCGUUAACAAAAAAUCCUUCAGAUUUAUCGAUGAUAUCACAUCCAGAAGCAGAACCUAUAUUCUCUGAUGAAUUUGAAGAAGUUUUAGAUGAUAUACCAUUACUCGCUGAACAUCUAGUAUGGGCAAGCAGAUGGGAAGUACGUAAAACUAGACCAUUUUCUGAAAUUAACAUUGUAAAGGAAACAUUAGAUGCAUUGCUUUCUACUCAGUAUUUUGAAAAUAUAGUAGAAUUUCAAAAUUAUAGGUAUAUGGAUUGGAAUGCUAUACCUUCAGAUCCCAGAGAAGUUUAUUGCAAUAAGGAACCAAUACAUCUACAACCAGCCGAAGGAAAGUACAUUUCACUUGUUAUGAUACCAAAUAUCAGAGGAAAACGUCACACCAUUAUAGAUAUACAAAUCUGUCCAGGAACUAGAUGUGAAGGCCGUUGCACAAAUUGCGAAUAUUUCUAUGUAGAUACGAGUCUGAUGACGUUCAAUUAUCGGAUUAAUUUCAAUUGCUCUGUACCAGAAAUCGUUUGGGAAACCGAUAUUUGUAUACAGAAUCAUGUCGUUUAUUGCGAUGAACCGUAUAAAUUACAAAUGAAAUUCACAAAUGUGAGCAAUGUGGAUGGAUUCUUUUUCUAUCUUGCAAUUCCCGAUUGUCCCGAUGGAGUAAUGACUUUAUAUAAUGAUGAUUACAAAUUUUAUAUACAAAAAAAUGAUGCGAUAACCGUUGAAAGUACUGUAAGGUUCAAGAAGGUUAAUAAUGUAGUUCUAUGGGGAAGCGUUAAAACGGUUGGUGAAAUAGCGGAUGUUCCAUUUAGAAUAUGUGCAACAGUUUUACCUGCAAGAGUGCGAAUUAUUCCAAAAAGAGUAUAUUGCAGGCAAAGGGUCUUGUGUAGGACGAGACAGUAUAUUUUUAUUGAAAAUCUUACACCGACUUCUACAUGCUUUAGAUUUCACUUAAAAAAUGAGAUAUAUCAGUUCCUCGACAUAUACGGGUUCAAAUUUAAACCUGUGGCGCAAUUUAUAUAUGUAACAAUUGAAUCAAAGUUUUAUGAUCCGGGCACAUAUAAUAAUGUAUUCUAUUUAAAAUUACGCAAUGGCAAAACUAUGGAUGUACCGAUUCAAUUUUUAAUAGAGGGUAUGCCAAUAUGCUUCUAUCAGGAUAUUACUAAGGGCGUGGAUUUUGGCACACUUCUUAUUAAUACUAAGAAGAACUUUUUAGAUGAAGUUGCACUCUACACAAUAAAUGUAAGAGCAGUAAAUCGUGGUCAUAGAGAUUAUAAAUUACUCAUAACGAAGCUACGUAUCGGUCCACCGAAAUGUAGUACUGAAGAAAUCAAAGGAAUUUGCAAUGUAGAACCGAAAAUGAUGAUGCUUGAAUCCGGUGAAGAGAAAAAUAUAUUGAUUUCAGCAAAUGCUUUUGCGGCAACACAAUUAUGUAGUGAAUUUCGCAUACAAAUUACUGAUCAAAGUUUUAAGCAACGGGUCAGUAAUAUAAGCUUUACCGUCAAAGCGAAUUUCAUUGAACCACAACUGGAUUGGCAACCAAAAUCAAUAAAUAUUGAAUACUAUAGAACACACAAAUUCUAUGAUCGUGAAGAUAUAAGGGGCGCUGAGCUUAAAAAUAUAGCAAAUACCGAUGUUCAUACCGUUCAUUUAAAAGUUAUUGGACCAUUUAAAAUGAGAGCAUUCUAUGAAGAUAGUCUGCAUAGAGAACUUACAUUUGAAAUGAAGUCUCUAGAAAUCAAAAAUAUAAUUGUUGUACUUAAUAAGGUAAUAAUUGGAGAGUUUGCUUGCUCUUACGCUGGUGGAAGAAUUAUUUGUACCGCUAAUGGUAAACAACAGAAACCGCUUUACCUAAAUGUUUCUAUUUAUUAUCCAUUUUUGAAUAUAAAUAAUCCGAAUCUUGUACUUUUUACGAUGCGCGAAGAAAGGGAUGUAAAUGUCACACUUGAAAAUGGCGGCUGUAUGGAUGCCCGAUACAAAUGGAAGAAAUUGAGUGAAGACUUAAGAUUUGUAGCGGCACUUGAGGAUCCAGAUGAGAUAGCACGCCAAAUUUUAUCAGAAAUUUUAUGGAAACUAGAAUUAGCUGACGAUUACGAUUCGGAUGCAAUUAAUGAAGAAUGUGGAAGGAAUUUAACUUGUAUUUAUCAGAAAAUGCGGUGUGUGCCUCACCAUAUUGAAGAUCCAAUUAAUAUUCGCCAAAUUAUUGACGAAAUAAUAGAUAAUUUGGAUUUGGAAGCAAAGCGGUAUAAAAUGAUCCUUGACGACAAUUAUCUAUCAGCUAUAGAUUAUGGUACAGCACAAAUGAAUGUUAAGAAAACACUAGAAGAAAUUCUUGACAAUUUAAAAUUGGAUGAUAGUUAUAUUGUAUCAGAACCGAGUUCAUCAGUUUGCUUAAAGGAGCGCACCAUUUAUUUUCAUGAAAAGAGCGGUAUCGUAACGACAGGUUCUAAGGAUUGCUUAUUGCAUCUACCAGGAGUUCGGAAAGGCUUCGAAAUGAAAGCCAUAUUUGACCUGGAUGUCAUCGGUGGCUCUCCUCAACGAUUCACCGUUACAAUAGUUCAUUUGGAGAAAACAAUUGAACUCUCCAAAGGAGGCAUUUACUUAGGUAUAAAGCCAUGGUAUGAAAAAUUUAGAUCUCAUGUGCGAGUUCGUAAUGUGACACAAUAUCAGAUCACAUUAAAAGUAGAAGAAUUGCCUCUGCCUCCUUCAUUUCAAAUAAAGCGUAUAUCACAUGGAUAUGUAGAAAUAACAACAAAAAAAGAAUUUAGCUUAGCACCAUUCAGAGCGACCAAUAUUAAAUUUGAGGGCGUAAUGGGCUUCGCUGAUCACUUUUUUCGAAAUAUUAAAAUAACUGUUAACGAUAGUGAAAUAAAAUAUCUGCGUUUGGCUGGACAGGGUGUAAUUCCCAUAUUUACCUCAGUGAAGACGAGCCUACCACGCCUACACAUGGAUCGCAAUGAAAUUAUUAAAGAAUAUAAUAUAUUACAAAAGAUUUAUUAUUUUGAUGAAUUCAAAAUUUUUACUGAGCCUGAUGAAGAAGAUUUGGGAGGUGCAGAAGAAUUGAGUGUGGUUGAAUCAAGGUCAUUUCAGUGGAGUAUUUCGGACAUAAGCACUGGCUCGGAUUAUGAUACAGAAACAAAUUUAUUACAUGAGCGCAAUUUUUUCGAAAUACUCAAAUCGUAUGUGUUCGUUAAUCCCAACGAUGUCCCUAAUGAAAUUAUUUUAGAACAAAUUAUACAAACGAAAAAAUUCAUGAAAAAUCUAAUACAUAAUCCCGAUAUAGCACUUCUUACCUAUAAUGUAUACAAGGAGCAUAUUAAAUUUUUACAAUCCUUUUGUAAACCUGUUCAUUUAAAAUAUUUCACCAUACAACCGUUGCCCUUCGAAUUGCAUGGUUAUAUACUAAAUUUAGGACAACUGCAAUUAAAUACAUAUCAUAAGUUUGAUUUGGCUUUACGCUUUUUUGGACCGGGCAAAAUCACAGCUGCAGCAAGAACAAUUAUCAAGAUUCCAGGACUAUAUGUUAACUUCGAACUUGAAAAUAAUAAACCUGAGACACCCUAUCCGGACUAUGAAUAUGUUUACCACAUCACUGAAGAUAAAAUGCCACAGUGCUUCAACAAACGUUAUCGCAAUCAAUAUGAACGAGAAAUUGAUAUGGAAAUUGAUCCAAAACUAAAGCACGCCCAUUCCUUCGACGUUGACUUGAAAGCACAACACAAACGGAAAUUUACAGCACAAGAUCGAAAAUGUAUACAAAACUACUAUAGCGUAUAUAGUCUAAAUAAAGCAGUUUGUGUGGAACGUAAGAAUCAUCUGAUACUGUGCAAAAUUUUAUCGAAUAGCAAAAAAAAUGUUUCCGGUUUAAUUUUACAUGUCAAAAUAAUAAUCAACCCAAGGUCAAGGUUUUAUGAAAAUGGACAAUUGUUACAGGAUUUCCUCUACAUUGAUUUACACUUGGGACCAACGUUACCAAUACUAUUACGCGGAGUUGUGGUUAAAAAGUAACAAAUUUUAUAUUUGAAAGUUUGGAACACAAGAAGAAGAUUAACUUUAUUUAUACAUAUACGUA